UUCAUCCACCGACACAAUACACCAUAUCAUCAUCACCACAAUCAUAUUCCUUUCCUUUCCCCUCCCCAACUGCCACAAACAGACUCCUCUUUCUCCCACUCAAGACUCUCUCACACACACACACAUUGCUUUAAACUUUAAACAAACUAAACCAAAAUCAAACACUUUCACUUUCUUUGCUUUCAUUCAAAUUCAACUCAAUUCGUGUCGAACUCGAAUCUAAGGAAUCGGCAUUCGCGUUUAUUUGGGCGCGGUGGCAAAAUGGAGAGAGAUUCGUCUUCGUCAGACGAAGACGACGAUCGCCAGAACCUGAUCGAGCAAAACGACACCAAGCACCAUUAUUCUCCUCCACCAACUCAAGAUCAACAUCAACCUCCUUCUACAUUCCACAUUAGUGUCAACGAUUUCCACUCAGCCACAAUACGGCGGCGUUUCCUCCAUUUCCUCCACAACAAAAGGUGCCUCUUCGCCAUUCUCCUCCCUCUCCUCAUCCUCAUUCUCUUUUUCUCCACCGACCUCCGCCACCUCUUCUCCUUCUCCUCCCCCAACUCCGAUCUCCGUCUCGACUCCCUCUCCUCUCGCGAUCGCAUGCGCGAAUCCGAGCUUCAAGCUCUCUAUUUGCUCAAACAACAACAAUUAGGGCUUUUCACUUUGUGGAACCACACUCACACUCUCACUCUCCCUCAAUCUAACUCCAAUUCCACUUCCAUUUCCAAUUACUCCCAAUCUGACCUUAAUCGCGCCGUGCUCAACCAGAUUUCAUUGAACAGACAAAUUCAACAAGUUCUCUUAUCGCCACACCGCACCGGCAACUCCUCCGAACCCAUCGAUGUUUCCGAUCCUCGUUUCGGGUUCGACACGUGUGCCAAGGUGGGUCAGAAGAACAAGAACGAGCGAAGAACCAUUGAAUGGAAACCGAAACCGAAUAAAUACUUGUUUGCGAUUUGCUUAUCGGGGCAAAUGUCCAACCAUUUGAUCUGCUUGGAGAAGCACAUGUUCUUCGCUGCUUUGCUUAACCGGGUUUUGGUCAUUCCCAGCUCCAAAUUCGAUUACCAAUACGAUAGGGUAUUGGAUUUCGAUCAUAUAAAUAAAUGCCUUGGACGAAAGGUGAUCAUUUCGUUUGAAGAUUUAUUAGAGGCAAAGAAGAAUCACUUGCAUGUAGAUAGGUUAUUUUGUUAUUUUUCGCUGCCUCAGCCUUGUUAUUUGGAUGAGGAACACAUCAAAAAGCUCAAAUCUAUAGGGGUUUCGAUGGGGAAGCCUGAACCCAUUUGGAAAGAGGAUAUUAGGAACCCCAAUAAGAGGACUGUGCAAGAUGUAGAGUCCAAAUUCUCAUCGGAUGAGGAUGUGAUUGCAAUCGGGGAUGUUUUCUAUGCGAAUUUGGAGCAAGAUUGGGUAAUGCAGCCUGGUGGUCCCAUUGCUCAUCAGUGCAAGACGCUGAUCGAACCCAGUCGGCUUAUUAUGCUCACUGCCCAGCGUUUUGUUCAGACUUUCUUGGGAAAAAACUUCGUUGCUCUACAUUUCCGGAGACAUGGGUUUUUGAAGUUCUGCAAUGUCAAAACGCACAGUUGCUUUUUCCCCAUUCCCCAAGCUGCAGACUGCAUCACCCGAGUAGUUGAAAAAGCCAGUGCACCGGUCAUAUAUCUCUCAACUGAUGCAGCAGAAAGUGAAACUAGUUUGCUGCAGUCGCUAGUUGUGCUGAACGGAAAGGCUGUACCACUUGUUAAAAGGCCUCCUCGUAAUUCAGCUGAAAAAUGGGAUGCUUUGUUAUACAGACAUGGCCUUGAGGGUGACUCUCAGGUGGAAGCUAUGCUGGAUAAGACAAUCUGUGCCAUGUCAAGCGUGUUCAUAGGAGCCCCUGGGUCCACUUUCACAGAGGACAUCUUGCGACUCCGGAAGGAUUGGGGGUCGGCAUCUAUGUGUGAUGAGUACCUCUGCCAAGGUGAAGAGCCAAACUUUAUAGCAGAUAAUGAAUGAAAGAAGAUACAGAAAUUGAGUGAUGUAUUGUGAAUUAAGAGGCCAUUUGUGUAUACACCUAUUUAGAUAGUUGGUUCAAAAUUUGUUAUUCUAGUGUAUGAUAAUAGCACUUUUGAUCUAUUUGAUCUUUUAACCUUGGCUGAGUAUGAUUUCUGCGGUGUACAUGGUGCUUAUGAAUCUAAGUUCCUGUCUGGGUGUAAACUA